AUGUCCAACUCAUACCAGUGUCCUUCGUGCGGCAAAGACAACUUCAAAGACCACGGCGCUGUUGCCCGACACAUGAUGUCCGUCCGUACCGCAGACUCAGACUCCAUGGAUGUCGACCACGCACCAAAUAUUCCUGAUGUUGACCAGGAGCUUGAUGGGGCUGGAUUUGGAGACUGGGAUGGGGAGGUGACACCGACUGACUCAGACUUCAUCGACUGGCAUCCCAAACCCCCUCAAACAUAUGGCAGGGGUCACACUUUCCUCGACUCGUUUCGUUCUGACGCGAACAACACGUAUCGCAAAGAAAAUCACUAUUACCCGUUUAGCGGCCGGAAAGAUUGGGAGGUUGCAUUGUGGUUACUGCAUUCGGGUUGA